CGUCACAGCGAAGAUGGCGGAUUCGCUGGAUGUCGGGGUGUCAGAUGAAAAAGAUCCCGAAAAUGACGAACACAGAGGGGUAAAAUGUUCCUGGACUGGUGCUUCGAGGUCGAAAAAGGCAAAUAUAUCUGGCUUGCCUGCGGACACGACGGAAACCCUGGGAUUCUACGAGAAACCCGAUGUUAAAGACGAACAGUACGAGCAUUCAGACUUGGAUGAGUCUGAUGAGCCGUCUCUGUUGAGGUUCAUGUGUGCAGAGCUGACCAGGGGCUACUUCCUGGAACACAAUGAAGCAAAGUACACUGAGCGGAGAGAGAGAGUGUACACGUGCAUGAGGAUCCCCAGAGAACUGGAAAGGUUGAUGAUCUUCGGGUGGUUUUUGUGUCUGGAUGCCUUUCUGUAUGUGUUCACCCUGCUGCCCCUGAGAACUCUGCUGGCCUUCCUAAGGUUGUUGACCAUUCCCUGCUGCGGCCUAGGUGCUAAUGUUUGCCCUUAUUGCAGACGGAGCAGUAGCUCUCGGUUCAUGCAGCCAGCUCAGGUGUGUGACCUGCUGAAAGGUUUAAUCAUGGUGCUCUGUUACUCCAUGAUGCACUAUGUUGAUUAUGCCAUGAUGUACCACCUGAUCCGGGGCCAGUCAGUCAUCAAACUCUACAUCAUCUACAACAUGCUGGAGGUGGCAGACCGUCUUUUCUCGUCUUUUGGGCAAGACAUUCUGGAUGCACUCUAUUGGACGGCCACUGAGCCAAAGUCACAAAAGAGAGCCCACAUUGGCGUCAUUCCCCAUUUCUUCAUGGCCAUCUUCUAUGUCUUUCUGCAUGCCAUCCUCAUCAUGGUUCAGGCCUCUACUUUAAAUGUGGCCUUCAACUCGCAUAACAAAUCUCUGCUCACCAUUAUGAUGUCCAACAAUUUUGUUGAAAUCAAGGGAAGCGUGUUUAAAAAGUUUGAGAAGAACAACCUCUUUCAGAUGUCUAACAGUGAUAUUAAGGAGCGGUUCACAAACUACGUAUUGCUUCUCAUUGUUUGCCUCAGGAACAUGGAACAGUUUUCCUGGAACUCAGAUCACCUGUGGGUGCUGCUCCCAGAUGUCUUCGUGGUGAUCACUUCUGAGGUUGCGGUUGAUGUCGUCAAGCAUGCCUUCAUCACUAAAUUCAAUGACAUAACAGCUGAUGUCUACAGUGAAUAUAAAGCCAGUUUGGCCUUUGAGCUCGUCAGCAGUCGUCAACAGAAUGCAUAUACAGACUACAGCGAUUCAGUGGCGCGAAGGAUGGGCUUCAUUCCACUGCCUCUGGCUGUGCUGCUGAUUCGAGUAGUGAUGAGCUCAGUGAAGAUCCAGGGUGCUCUCUCAUCUGUCUGUCUGCUUCUCUUUUAUCUUGGAUUGAUAACACUGAAAGUGUUGAACAGUAUAGUGCUGCUGGGAAAGUCCUGCCACUAUGUAAAAGAAGCCAACAUGGAGGUGAAGCUGUUUGACAGACCAACUGCUCAAACUCCAAAACAAAAUCCCAAGAAAGCCAACCAAGCCAAAUCUCCCCCACCCAAAGACAAAAUUAAGGUUCAGCAACCCUCCAUCACCAAGCAGCCACCCCCAAGGGUGGUACCUUUACCCCCAGCUCUACGCCCUGUAACUAAGGUGACCAGUGACCUGCCCCCAGAUUCUACCCUUAAACCAGAGGAGAGCACCAGCGAGACACCAGAAUCCACUGAACUUAAACACAGAACCUCAAAAAAAGACCUUCUGGAGAUAGACCGCUUCACAAUUUGCGGCAACCGAAUCGGGUGAAUUUUAACUCCAUCACCAUAGUAACUGCUCAGGAACGAAAACUAAGAAGACUCAGAAUCAGUUACCAUUGUAAAGGGGUUUUGGACCCAGAGGGUUCUUCUGAAACUUAUAGUACUAUUUAUCUCUAACUGGAAAAUUACUAUUUUCCCAUCCCCUCUGCUUCUAUUCCAGCAGAAUAUCUACCAAAUGAGGUGGAACGAGAGAGCAAGACAUUCCAAUUGAAAAUGGAGAGUCUGUUUGCCCAUAGCAAGCUGGCAGAUCACAUGGUGUAGAGUCUAGUAUAUGUUGCUUUAGGAUAUGUCUCUGUCUCGCACUUUAUCAGAGAGAGAACAUCCUGAACCGGUGGAAUAAACAUCUUGUAAAUUAGUCUUUGUCCUCCCACUCAAAAUUGGCCUUUGAGUCGAAACUAAGAGGCAACAUCGAAAGGAUUGUUCACAUUUCAAAACUUCUUUUCUCUGUGGAAAACAUAAACUGUUAGGCAGAAUGAGUCUCAAUCAGCAUUCGCUUUCAUUGCAUUUUUUUUUCUUCAUAAAGUGAAUGGUGACUGAGGCUUUUGUGUUCCACGGAAGAAAAGAAGCCAUGCGGGUUUGGAACAAAGCAUUUUGGAUGAACUUUCCCUUUGAUAAAGGCUUACAGAUAGAAAACUGAUUUGAAUAAUAAACAGUUAAUUAACAACUCAUUAAAAUAAAAAGAUAAAGUUAUUUAUUCAAUGAUGCAGCCAUUAGAAUUUAUCAGUCUGGUAAAUGUUUGUUUUUUAGAAGUUGUAACAUUAUUUGGUUCAGCUGAAGUCUGUAUUUUAACAGAUACGGUAAGGUAUACAGUAUAUUGUCAUCUUAAAACUCAUGACUGACAGAAGGGAAAGUUUGACUAUACUAAUGUCAGGCCACUUAAUCAUUUAGUUCUGAAAUUUGUCUUAAAAGUUAUCUAGGUAUACUACAGUAUACAUGGUGCUAAUCCAGCUGACUGAACUUUGCACUGAUUUACCACGUUGUCUUAAGCUGUACAAUAGAGUAUUUGUUGCUUAGUUUGUUUUGAGUAUGACAUUCACAUGUUUAUACCAGUCAUGAAAGAGAAAAUAACUGAACUUUAAUUCAUAUGAAGUGUUACAGUAUAAUGGGAGUUUUGUUGUUAUUUGUUUGAAUGCAUUUUUAUAUUUUGAAAUUCAAAUAAUUUGUGACCAAUCAUAUACAGAUAGAUUAUAUUAUUUGAUAUACACCGAUAAGCCACAACAUUAAAACCACCUGCCUAAUAUUGUGUAGGUCCUCCUCGUGCUGCCAAUAGUAUAGUAUUCUGAUAUGA